AUGGAUUCUGUGGUUAACCAGAGCUUGUCAGGACCGGAUAGAUUCACACUCAAUUGGAUUGGACGUAUCACACUAGCCAGUUUGGUUUGCCUACUCGAUUUGUGGAUUCUUACAGCAAAUGCGUUUGUUCUAUUCAGUUUGGGUCGUGGUGUUCGCUCUCGUCUGAAUGUGACCCGAAAGUUGCUCAUUAAUUUGGCAUGUGCCGACCUGGCUAUCGGUCUGUUUGUGAUUCCUUGGUCUAUUGCCACAGAAUUGUUCGACUGGACAGUGUUGUCUUCGAGUGCAGUGUGUCACUGGGGUCUGUCUUUGGAUAUAUUCUUCUCAACCACCAGUAUGUACAGUUUAACUGUGAUUGCUAUCGAUCAAUACGUUGGAGUGUGCUAUGCACUGCGAUACAAUCAAAUGUUGACUGAUACACGAGUGACCAUCCUCAUUAGCAUUCCUUGGGUCAUUUCGCUGAUCAAUGCACUGCCUAUGAUGGGUUUUGCACAGUGGUAUAUUAUACUUAGACCAGCCUAUACAGAUCACCAUUUUGGUGCAUUUCCUUCGACCUGUUCUCUUCACAAUGCAGGGACGUUUACUCGAAUCUAUUGGUGUCUUCUAGGAUUCAGUCCACCAUUGACUCUGGUAUUGUACAGUCAUUAUAACGUUUGUAAACGUGUUAUUCAGAACAUUCGUGAGCAACAUUCCGGGAUUAUAAAGGACAAGGAGGAGCUGAUCAAGCUGAAAUCUUCCUCCAAUUCCAAAGGCUCACCGACUUCAGCCCCUCAGGAGUCAAAGGUUUCCAGCAUGAGAGUUCACAUCGGUGGCCAACCGUGUUAUAUGAAAUUAAAUCAAAACCAGACAAAAAACGGUGGUUCAGAAAUAUUUGCCCAUUUACCGAGCACCUUAAAAUGCGGUUUUCUCAUAAUGUCCACCAGCAUACCGACUAAGAAGGGUGAAAAGUCACAGACUGGUCCUGAUCGGAAAUCUCCUUAUGCUUCUGGCGGAACACAUACUGGACAAUCAAAAAUCAAUUCAAUGCAAAGCCUAAACAAAUCUCGAAGUGGCAGUGGACUGUAUGGUGUGUUGAAUGGAGAUGAUUCACAAGAUAACGAAUUCAGUAUUAGUAAAAGAAACUCGGUGGAUAAUCAGUCAACCUCACUGCUAAAACCCCCCAAAUGGCUUCCGUCACGCAGUUUUUCCCGAAAAUCUGAUUCGGAAUUCGCCAGCUUGCGUGCAAUGCGCCGUUGUGCUCUGAUGCCCCUUCAACCACGAAUGCAACAUUCGGCCAGCACAGAAAUCACCACUACGGCGGAUAUUGAGAUUGGUCCCUCGACUACCAACAAUAACAAUAACAACAAUGAAAACAAAAAUGGUGACACUGGACAGAGCAAUCUGAUAAGAUCCAGUGCGAACACAAUCGCUGUUGCCUCUUUCAGUGAUGCACCGUUCAGUGCUCCGGAACCGCGUCUCAAACGAGAGCUGAAAGCUGUAUAUCAGUUUGGUGUAAAUUGUGCUGUUAUUGUUUGUGGCUGGAUUCCAUUCAUUCUUGUACACCUUGUUCACGCCUGGCUUCCACGAAAUACUAUGCCCCAAUUAGUGCUUCACUGGUUUUAUUGGAUUCGCUUUCUUUGUACAGCUUUGAAUCCACUUGUUUGCGGUUCUGCAUCCGAAGAACUCCGCAAGGCAUUCCGCAAUCUCAUCUAUUGCGGUCGACCCAAACAGGAGAAAAAAGCUUUGAAACGGCUGGUUCUAGCUGGUCUGGGAGCGGCUGGUUUAUCCUACGGUCGGCCUAUUAUUCCAGUGGAUGUUCGUAAAACCCCAUUGCGAACAGAACCAGUUGAGGUUUGA